CUACCACAGCUGCUCAAACUGCAACCAAUGCAGCAGCCAACACAACCACAGCAGCUGCCACAACAGCCAUAGUUGCUGCCACAACAACCACAGCAUCUCCAACUACAAUCACAGCUGACAAAACAACAACCACAGCUUCUGCCGCAAAAACUACAGAUGCUCCAACUACAACCACAGUUUUCGUUACAACAACCACAGCUGCUCCUAUAACAUCCACAGCUUCUGCCACAAACACCACUGUACCAACGACAACCAAAAUUGUUCCCACAACCACCACAGCCACCGCUACAACAACUAAGUCAACAGCGGCACCGACAGCGAAUGAGGGGUCAAUGGGAUUAGGAUUCAGAAUGUUCCGUGCAUUCCAAAGUGACUAUACUGAUUCUUCCACAACAGCAUAUCAGGAACUGGCAGAAAAUGUUACCACAGAGGUGAAUCAUGGUUACAAAAUAAUUUACCCUUCAACAUACGUAAGGUGUAGGAUUAUUCAGUUCACGAGAGGGUCAAUUAUUGUCAACAUGACCCUUAUUUUCAAGAACCAGACAGUGGUUCCCAAUGUAACGAGUGCAGAGCAGGGAUUGAAUGACUCUCUGUCUCACGGGAACACCUUCCUCGACAUUGACACAACCUCCAUUACUGCAAGAACUACAACUUCUGCAGCCACCACAGUUGCCGCAACUACUACAGCCACCACAACAACCACAGCCACCCCCACAACAACAACAACAGCUGGUCCUACACCAAACACAGCUGCUUCAACAACAUCUGUUGUUGAAUCAACAAUAAACAAUGCUGCCGCCUCCAGUGGAAUAAGCUACAAGACAAGUCUACUCAUCUGUCUUGUUAUGUUGUCACAACUGCUUGACUAAUACUGAUAUAACUGAUCACCACUGUGACAGGGAAACUUACCAACAAUGUAAUCAUAUUAAUUAUUAGAACUGUAUACUAUUUAUUAUUAUUUAUUACCCCAAAAUGUACAGGGAAAGGUGAAUUGCUAUGGAGAACAUGAGAAUAUUGAACAGCUUGAGGAUAAUGUAAAAAAAAGAUAGCUGUUCUACCAAUUAUCAACAGGAUUCUAAGAAUCUUGAUAGUUAUUCCUUCUACUUACUGCACUAAUACUUAUUGUAACUGAAUGGUGUAUUUAUACUGUUUUGUAAUUCUGUUCUAUACUGUUUUGUAACACUAUUACUCAUACUUUGAAUGAAGAAAAUGCUG